AUGAGCAUCGUCCUGCCGGGUAAGCCGCAGUCAAGACUCCAAGGUCUGGCUAUUGGUUAUUGGAACAACUUACACCUGAAUGCAUACAUUACCGGGAAUGCAUUUACCAUCCUCGAUGGAUUGCAGACGAUCCUUCAAACGAUCUACGAUGACAAUGACGAACCGCUACAGGCAAUAGCCAUUGACGAAUUGACGGGCAAAAUCGCGACGAGCACAGCGACGCAAGUUCGAAUCUAUAAACCAUUGGAAGGGCUGCAGGAAGAUGCAUUAAAGUGGGCGCUCCAAGUCACCUUCGACGUACCUCAGGAUGGCGCUGGAACAACAUGCGCGUUGUCUUGGGGUAGCUCAGAGGAGCUUUUAGUUGCAGGCAACUACCUGUCUCUGUUCUGCACUGGGGAGCACCCUGGGCGCUCGUGGGAGCAAUGGCUUCCUAGCCCUGCGAAAACCGCGACACUAUCGUAUGACUCGGCCUAUAUUGCCUCCAUCGCUGACCACGACUACUUCACCAAAGUUUGGCGCCGCUUGACCUAUGGCUCUAAUGACGUCCGAUUUGACUUGGCCUACCUAUCUCACCCAGAUGUUGUUACGAGUAUCAGAUGGCGCAAGCCGUUCCAUGUUGAACAAACGUCAGGCAAUGUUUUGUACACCAGCUGCUUGGAUGGACAUGUACGUGUGUGGAUUCCAGUCGAUACGGCAAAUGGCUGGCAAUGGCAGCUUUGGGGGAAAAUCAACGUCACCGAAUCAAUGCCAAGUGGUACCCUUCCGCAAGAGCCAUGGUUGGCUUGUAUUAUCGAUGGGCGAGACUUCACAGCUUCCGUGGAAAGGGCCAUAGAACAGCGGAUGGCAGAUGACAGCAGCACUGAUGAUGUAGCCUUGGAUCAUUUGGUAGCCAUUGCGAACAGGAGCCCUGAGAUAUGCCUCGCUAUGAAUCGGUCGGGCUUCUUGACUGCUUGGGCUCUGGAGAAUGUCGGUAGUACGUUGGCGGACGAUCGCCAAAUUUUCAACAUUGCGCAGACAAUAUCACCGGGACUGGAAAAUCUUUCUAGUCUUUUACCCUCGAACGAUUUAUCUCAUGUGGAAAUCCAGACGUACUGCAAUCGAAAAAAUGGACAGCUGCGGAUACUACUUCACGUUUUCGAUGGCAGGAUAGCUAUAUUCGAAUGCAGCGCUGCAGAUUUGUUUGAUCCCACGACCAAUGAUAAACGAUUGCUGCUCCAUUCAAUAUGGUCAGGCCACUCCGCCUCGAUCAGAAAAAUAGUGCGCAAUUUCAGCGGCCGAGCGGCGGUAUCGAGAACAAGGGAUGGCGAAACCGUCGUUUGGGAUCACUCGCCAACAAAUCCGGUUGGAUCUUCACAUGGGUUUCUUGAUUUCCGUCGCCGCAGCAUAAUUCCAGAGGCUGGCCAUAUUCACCGCAUAUGCGUUCUUCGUCAAGGCCGAUUUGUCGUUUUACACAGGAAGAAUGUUAUUUCACUGUGGGAUUGCCGGCAUGGAAAGGGCAGUAUACUCGCCGAGUGUACGUAUGACGCACCGGGUAACCCUCUUUGUCUCAUCAUACUGCCUAAGCCGCAGGAUGCAAACUAUAGAACUGCACAUAUGGCCAUGAUAACAUCAAAGGGGCAUGGGAUUGUCUGGCAGCUCAGUCUUCCAAACUAUGCCAAGGACUCAACAAGUACCCUGGGAGCGGGCAUUGAACAGUUUUGCCAGUUUGAUAUCAAAUCUGACGAUGAUUUGAAGUAUGUUAUUCCUGUUGAUCCUGCGGGUUCUGGUCCCGUAACAUCUGGAUUUCUGGACGUCUUUGCCCGGGAUAUCGCCAUGUCCUGUACUCAUACCGGCCGAAUCGACCUCUGGACAGCUCGCGUUGACCUAGAACACAAGAGCGUUGGAUGGCUAUCAACGUGUAAUGCUGAAACAGGAUUCUCAGAACCAGCAUUGACUAGCGGAAGUAUGCUCAAAAAGGUUGCAAUUGUAAAGUCAAAUAGGUCGACCCUUGCCAUAUGGGAUGUUGGUGGCUCUCGUCUCGAGUUCGACGAGGACUAUCAUUCGCAAGAUGCUAUCCAGGAUCUUGAUUGGACUUCAACCCCCGACGCUCAAUCGAUAUUGGCUGUUGGCUUCCAGUAUCGUGUUCUUCUCCUGUCUCAAAUGCGAUUUGAUUACUUGAAUAAGGGCGCCGCGUGGGCCCCAAUUCGCGAGAUUAGCAUUCGUGAUCUGACACCCCAUCCAAUCGGAGACUCAACAUGGCUUGGUAAUGGCCAUCUACUUAUUGGAGCGGGCAACCAGUUAUUCGUCUAUGAUCGACGCGUCAGUGCCGAGGAAGCACUUACUACUGAUCUUAGACUGCCUCAUCGUCAGGAUGGAACAUGGGAUCUCUUCGAGGCUGUACAGAGAUUUAACGGACCUCUCCCUGUUUUCCACCCGCAGUUUCUUAGUCAAUGCAUCCUCGCAGGAAGGAACAAGCUCGUGCGACGAAUUCUUGUGGAGCUUCAUAAGACGUUGAAGUUUCUUGUUCCGGGAGAAUCUGUGGAUGAUUACCUGGGAAUUGACUUGCAAGAGUUUUACCAACCGGAAGUUGAAAACAGCAGUCAAGCAUCCAAUAAAGGGUUCAGUUAUUUAGAUUCAACCGCAAAGGGAGAAGACGAGGAAGUUUUCACUGAGGAGACUGCCACUUCAAUCAACGAACGGCUUACGAAACUGGGUAUCCCCCAACUCUCAGGUCACGAGCAGAUUCAAUUAGUAGAUAUGAUUGAGUGUGUGGCAUUGGUGGAGCGAGAGCGCCGUUCGAUAGACGAGAAUGGAGCCCGUUUUAUGCUAUUUUUCCGACAGCACGCACUUCGAAAGGGGCGCACCAAUGAGAUACAGCUUUCUUGGAGAGAGAUUAACUGGGCAUAUCACUCUGGCAGCCAGGACAUUCUGUCAGAGUUUGUGUCUCGACAGAACCAUAACGUUUUGCUAUGGGAGAACGCUCGAGAAAGCGGUAUAUUCAUGUGGCUCACUGACACACAGCAAUUGCAAAAAACCUUCGAGGCCGUCGCAAGAAAUGAAUACACCAAGAACGGGGAUAGAAGCCCGGUGGAGUGCAGCUUGUUCUAUAUUGCGCUUCGUAAGAAGACGAUACUGCAGGGGCUUUGGCGAAUGGCCGGAGGAGACAAGGAGCAAGCUACAACCCAGAAGUUCUUGGGUCACGACUUUGAGGAACCCAGAUGGCGUACAGCUGCGUUGAAAAAUGCGUAUGCGCUAUUGAGCAAGCGACGGUUUAAAUAUGCGGCUGCCUUCUUUUUAUUGGCUGAUAAGUUGGAGAAUGCUGUUGAGGUCUGUCUUCGUCAAUUGAAAGACUUACAGCUGGCUAUUGCCAUCACUCGCGUAUACGAAGGCAAUGAUGGGCCCGUACUACGAAAAUUAUUGCACGAAGAAGUGCUGACAGUCGCAUCGCGUGAGGGCAACCGCUGGCUUGCAUCUUGGGCAUUCUGGAUGCUGGGCAGAAAGGACAUGGCAGUGAGAGCGCUUGUUACUCCCAUAUAUACCCUCCUUGAGACACCUUCCUCGCCGGAUUUAAAAUCUCGGUCUUUCUUGACGGAUGAUCCAGCUUUAGUCGUUCUUUAUUCCCAGCUGCGACAGCAAACACUGCAAACGCUGCGAGGAGCGUCCAAAGUAUCGCCCAAGGUGGAGUGGGAGUUUGUUCUUCAUAGCGCAAAGCUUUACGAUCGUAUGGGUUGCGAUCUUCUCGGCCUUAGCCUAGUUCGAACGUGGGAGUUCCAGCAGCAAACAACGACUGGACUCGGAGGCGACAUGAAUCCAUUGACGCUCCUGAGACGAAGAAGCUCGCUCGUUGUCAAUGAUCUCCACACAUCGGAGCUACACGCAAAGAUAUUGACCGAGCGCGAGCAGGUCAAGCGUCCUGUAGCGCCGCCCUCGACCUUUCACGAGCCAGAUGCUGCGUCAUUGCUUGAUAGUUUUGGUUUGUAG